AUGCGUGUUACCUGCAUUUUCGUCUCCGUUGCUGUCCUCUUCGCUGGCCAUGCUCAUUCUCUCCCGAUCUUGGGCCUCCCCAGCCUCCCUUUGGUGGGUGGUCUCACGAACGGUCUCGGUGGCGUGCCUUUAGUGGGCGGACUCGGAAACGCUGCCGCACCCCUCACAUCUGGUCUUACAUCGAAGCUUGGUGGCCUUUCUCACACCGUAUCCCCGGUAGCUUCCGGUCUCACUGGCGAUGUCGCCCCUGUUACAUCGAGCCUCGGCGGCGUCACCCAAAACGUUGCACCUGUCACCAGCGACCUCACUGGUUUGACCGGUGGUCUUCCCGACCUCCAGAACGCUGCCUCUGGUUUGACCGGUGAACUCGCUCCUGCGGCUUCUGGUUUGACCUCCAAGCUCAACGGUCUGACAGACGACGUUGCGCCUGCGGCUUCUGGACUGAACGGUCUCACCGGCGGUCUCCCUGAUAUUCAGAACGUCUCCUCCGGCUUGCCCGUUGGUGGACUUCUUUCUUCUCUUAUCAAGCGUGACCCUCAAUUCGGUGGUGGUCUUCCUAUAAUUGGCUCCAUGGGCUCGCUCCCCGGCCUCAGCAGCCUCCCAUCGAUGGACUCACUUCCGAUUCCCUCGAUGGACUCUCUCCCCGGACUCAGUAGCCUCGGCUCUCUACCUGGCUUGAGCUCCAUGGGCUCUGGUCUCCCCGGGUUGGACAGCCUCAGCGGCUUGCUUUAAUCUCACUCUGAGCCUAGUUUCGAAGCUGCUACCGAGUCAUCUUUCAUUCCACUACUCCAUUGUUGUCUUCAAACUAGCACAGCUACCUCCUGUCUUAGUAUAUAGUGUCCAUAGCAUUGAAAUUCACACAUGCGCAAUUCCUCGCGUGAUCAGAAUUGAAUCAU